AUGGCGAAUCCCGCGUUUCAGGGAGGUCCCUUGCCCCACGAGCUAGACGUGCGGGGAAUGCUGCAGCUGGCGAGGCAGAGGGUGGACGAGGGGCAACCCUCCGCGGCCCUGCAACUGGUGAGCCUUUUGUGCCCUGCAGGGAACCAUCACAGUUCCCCCCGCCCCUCUCCCCUCGCCCCACGGGAUGGACGUGCGGGAAUGCUGCAGCUGGCUCGACAGAGGGUGGACGAGGGACAACCGACCGCUGCCCUGCAACUGAUCAUAGCAGUGUUGAGAGCGCAGGGCGGGGAGGCAGCAGUGCUGACGGCACUAACUCAAGCCCGGGCCAUGCACCACAACCAGCAGCAGAUGCAGCAGCUACAGCAGGGAACUGAUGACAUCACCGCCUUGCUGGCGCGCUGCGCCAUUGGCAGCGCUGACGUGGCGGUGCCAGCUGGCACCGGGCAGAUGGCAUCAGGGGGAAGUGCUACGGCGUGGGGAGGAGGGGACAUGGGUAUGGGGGGGAGCAACAGCAUGGGAGAGCAACGCGGGAACGGGCCACUGAAUGGGGGAAUGGAGGGGGUAGAUGGAUAUGCCUCUCAUUCAGGGUAUGGACCGGCAGAGCAGACAGCAAUGUAUGGGAUGCAACCAACAGCAGCAGGCUAUGGGAUGGAUCAAACAGGGAGGCAAGGGAUCGACCCAGCAGCAUAUGGGAUGGACUCAGCAGGGAGGCAUGGGGUGGAUGGGGCGGCGAUACUGGCGGAGCAGGGGCGCAUGCAGGUGGUGGCGGAUGCAGCAGCGGAUGGCAGCAGUGUGACGUGCUCUGUGUGUCGGGGGGUGAUCAGCGGAUCAAGAUGGAAGGAGCACGUGCAGUAUUGGUGCCGGGCUGCUGUACACGACCCCAUGGGGGACAGUACGAAUCUUUCUCCUUAA